AUGCGCCACUUCGACGCCUGGCUGGUCCGCGACCCCUACUCCAUCUGGCAUUACUACUCAACCGGCCGAAAAUGGCAAGACCAAGUCUGCGAGUUGAUUCAUGACCGUGCUAUCUGCUCGCCUGCUGGACCGGGCAUUACAUCAACAUCAACAUCAGCAUCAACAACUCCAUAUACUACUAGUACACCCACAUCCGAAGAACCACUAGACACACCCGGAAUAGACUGGACAGAAAGCACCCCCCAAACAACCCCCUUACUCACAAAAUUACCCUUCGAAAUCCGCACCAUGAUAUGGGGCUACGUCUUCGGCUCCGAUACCCUUCACCUCGUCCAAAUAAAAAACAAAAUAAAGCACGUUAGAUGCACCUCCACCAGCACCAGCACAAACACCGCUCUCACCCACCACCGCCACUGCUGCCCCAAAACCCCAGCCCGGUGGCGCAUCUACGACGGCCGAAUCCCCGGCCACACAGAUAGACUACUCUACCCACACACGCACACCGAUCUACCCUCAACCCUUUCCACCACCCCGGUCACCCUUUUACGAACCUGUAAAGCCCUCUAUGCCGAAACUCAAACAGCACUCUAUAAAAACAACACAAUUGACGUCGAUGACUUAUACACAUUCCUCUCCUUUGCUGGAUCACUCUCAAACCGCGCUAGACGAGCUAUCACGAGUCUGACGGUUCAGUGGAUGCCAGUUUGGACACCGCUUAGUGGGCAGGAGCAUAAGGGGUCUAUAUAUGCGCAUACGCAUAGUGAUGAGCUUUGGGUUAGAUUCUGGAAUUGUGUUGCGAGGGAAUUACCUGGGUUACGGACAUUGAAGUUGAGUGUUGAUUUGGGACGGUUUACGGGGUUGAUGGUUGGUGGCGGGCCGGUUUUGGUGGGGGGGCGGGUUGGGGCAGAGGUUGAAGCUUGA